AUGUACAACUUUACCAGCAACCUGGAGUUCAUCUCCAACAAUAACGGAAGCCUGAUUAAUCCAAAGAACAUGAAACCACUCCACAUCAAUGUGGCCUUCCUGAUUAGCGUCAGCAAUUUUGGCAGCGGGAUUUUCUAUGGAGCGGCCUUCUUCUUGGCCAUCGACGAGCUCCAACGGAUAGCAGCCAACGACGGGAUCCCAGUCACUUUCAACUGGACCUUUCGCGAUGUUGCCAACAAGGAACCUAACGCCAUCAACGAGAUGGCCAAACUGCAUUGUAAGCAGAAGGUGUCUGCUUUUAUAGGCCCUGAUGUCUACUGUAAGCCCGCUGGCCUAUUGGCGACAGCAUUCCACAUUCCAUAUAUGACGUAUAACUGUGAUGAAAACCACCACGACAUUGGGCAACACCUGAUGGUCAACGCUGAGACCUCAUUUGGCUAUGUCUCCCGGUUUAUCUAUGCCGUGCUGCACCACUACAAGUGGCGAUCCUUCUGGUUGGUGUCUGGCAACACUAUCAAGUGGCAGAAUGUGGCAAAUCUGUACGUGUUUCUGGGAGUUUACGAGUCGUUGCUGCUGUUUCUGAGGGAAAUGAAGGAAUUAGGAAUGACGGACACAGGUGACUAUGCCGUGGUUGCAGUGGAUGACAGCAACGACAUUCAGUCUGGCGAGAAAACGUAUCUGAAGAAGCAAGAGAGGCUUUCCGCAGUGAAGAAUGUUCUUAUAAUCAGACCUGAGAUGCCAGACAUCAACAGACCGGAGUUUGAGGACACAGUCUACAGUAGGAGCUUGUUGCCCCCAAUCAACCUGAAAGGGAUACCCAAAGGAGUCUUCAAACGUCCAGAUAUACCCACCCAGGCCUACCACUUGUACGAUGCCACAAUGUUCUAUGGACGAGCCGUCAUGGCACUGAUGGCCAUCCCUGGGGCAGAUCCCGAAAAUGCAACGCACAUUAUAUACUACCUUCGUUGUAACUACCACGACAGUAAUGGACAGCCACCCAUCAGUGACCCAGUGUGUGGCUUCGAUGGAAAGUUGUGUCCUAGUUCUAAACUUGCUGAAUGGAAGAUAGCCAUUAUCAUCGCUUCAGUGCUCAUCUUUGUACUCAUCAUCGUCGUUAUCCUUAUCCUCGGCAUCAGACACUACAUGUAUGAACAGAAGCUUGAGCGAUUGGCCUGGAAGAUUGAAAGGGAAGAGAUCCAAAUACUGAAUCCUGGACAGUUCCGGGAACUGAACACACCCUCGAGACCUAGGCUUACAAGAAAGAAUCUAGAGCUGACACGAGCACUCAAGAAACAGCUUCAGCUGCGGAAAGAACUCAGCCAUGAAAAUAUCAAUAGAUUCAUUGGAGCGUGUAUUGAGGUCCCUCACCUUUACAUGGUAACCCAGUACUGUCCAAGGAAAAGUUUACAGGACAUUUUGAGGAAUGAAAAUUCACCGUUGGAUGAUAUGUUUAUAACCUCCCUUGUUCAAGACCUCAUAAGGGGAAUGCACUUCAUUCACGAGUCUGAGAUUGGCUACCAUGGAAACCUGAAGUCUAGCAACUGUCUGGUGGACAGUCGAUGGACGGUAAAAAUCACGGACUUUGGCCUCAGCGCUAUCGGACCUCCACCCCUCACCACUGCUGAGGAUGAGGAGUACUUCAGAG